AUGUGUGACGUGUACAGAGUUUCCUCCUCUGUCAGAGUGGAGCAGAUGGAGGCCGAGCUGUCACAUCAGCUCUCAGCACUGCGGGCACACGUUGAGGAGAGUGGAUUUAUCUCAUGCAGUUCUGUUCUGCCGCCGAGAGAUGUGUCCUUCUUCCGUGCGGAGAGGGAACAUGCUCUGAGGAGAGGGCUUCAGGUGGCUGAAGCUUCUCCUGUCCACUCCCAGGCUGAUGUGAUGCAGAGGGAGCUGGAGACUUGUUUCAGUCUGGAGAACACAGCUGACAGUCUGCCUGCUCUGCUGCACCAGUUUUACGCUGACAGAUCAUAUCACUUGGCUCAGAUCAAAUAUCUGCUCAUGCUGAGGUGGAGGAGAUUUUGCCGCCACACCAGCGUCAUUGAGAAGCUUUAUCCUCAUUACAAGGAUCAGGUGAGAUUUUUAACCAGCGAGUACGAGGAUGCUGUUCAGAGAGCUCGUCGACUGUCAGCGAGCAGAGAGACGAUCCUGACGGGACGAGGAAACCCUGCUCACCUGCUCACUCAGGACGACCUGCUCAUUCACCUCCGCUGGCUCGUCUGCCACCUGCACUCUGUUCACACCAUCCACAACUUCCUCAGGGUGCUGCACUAUGUACCAGCCUGUGAAAGGAAAGAAGACGAAUUUCAGACAAGCCUCACGAAGGAGGAGGAAACUUUACAUCAGACUCAAGAUGCUGAUGGUGUUUCAGAAACAGGAAACUUCCUCCCGCUCUCUGUUCACCUGGACGACUUUCUACCUGAGCUUCAGUCUUUGAUCGUCUUCUUCCACCUGUCGUGUGACACAAGACAACUCAGGACGGCUGCAGAUGAGAUGGAGUUGUUCAGCACGGUGUGGAGAGAGUUCAGGACGAUCUUCAGUCGUCAGGAGCAGAUGAAAACGUUUCCUCAGUACGACGGCACAGAGGUCAAAGGGAGUCAGUGGGGGAGGAAGAGUGCGAGUGCGGCUCUGAGGAAGGAGGCCAACUGGAUCCCUUUCAUUCAGGUCUGA